CUAAGUCAGCAUAAACCUACAAGGUUCUAGGAGGAAGAAUAACAAGGUUGUUAAUGUAAAUAAGCAGAGCACUGUGGCCCAAGUGGUUAACACACAAUGCCUCCAGGCCUAGGUAGUCUGAUGAGUGCUCAUUACAUUAUGUGAACAAUAGACUUUCACUCUGGAGACUGUUACUGGUCUUUUUCUUCCAAGACAGUAGCUCUGUCCUUGCUAAUAGUCAGGGAAAGCACAUUGCAGGAUGACAGCUUAAUUUUACCACCUGCCAUUGCCUAUAGCUGUAUGUCCCUAUCCAGAGCUAGGGCUAUGAUCGACAUUCCUUGAACCUCAGCAUAGGAAGAUCAGCCAGCAACACUGGACUGUGUAGUGGCUCCUGACCAGAGCUAUGUUUUCCAGUCACUGCUGGGAUCCUGGGGUGCAUUUCUUGCAUCACUUGUGUUUGGGGCAGGCCAGGCAGGUAACUUGCAAUGAAUGGCCUGCUCUCCCUUUUCUUUCCCAGGCAUUGUAGGAUGGCAGCUCCUGCAUGUUGAGGUAGAGGUAGAGGCAGCUUUCAAGCCUUGAAGCAGUCUGAAGAGACAUUCCCUAAAGGAGGGAGCCGCCUGUAACUUGCAGCCUUUGUGUCGAGCCUUGUGUGUUAGGCGUGUACAGAGGUGUGGCGCUCCCUGCCUUCCCAAGCCUGGCCUGCGAGCCUGGCUGGGCUAGUGGCACCCGCGACCAGGCAUUGAGUUCAGUCUCACCCGUGGCUGUGUGCUGCCAUCUGCUGCCGAAUCCCUUUGUUGCGGGCUUUCCCCCAGUCCCUGGGCUCCAUCUCCAGGGAGUGGCUGGGCGCCCAGCAGUCGAGAGGGUGGCAGGUGGGAUGCAAGCAGACAUCGCCUGAGACCUGGCUAGCACUGGUGGGGUGCUCUCUGAAGAGAAAUCGCAGGUGGUGAUUUGCAGUUUGAUAGUUUAGCAAUGAUGGAGCUGGUGCUUCCAAAUGUAGCUGUGUGCUGCUAUUCUGUUGUCCUCUGUGCUUCAGUGCUCUCCUGGACAAACAUGGUAGGGUAGGGCUUGGAGCUAGGCUGUGCCAGAGCAGGCACACAUCCCCUCUUGUGGUCAGUGUGCAUACAGAUAUGGAUGUCUGCUGUCUUUAAAAAUACCAGAAGGAAUUCCAUUCCUUUGGGCCUAACUUUAAAGUGGUGGCUAAGAACUUUUCAUGAGUCCCUGUUUAUGGUGUUAAGCAAACUGUUCAGAGAUAUGUGAGAUGUUGUGUUGGUAGUGCUACACAAACCGUCUUUUUGAUUAGCUGGCAGGGACAAGGAGCUGGAUUCAAGUGAGAGGGAAGGGGUAGGGGAGAGCAUUUUCUUUGGAGAGUAUAUGCUAAGUGGGUAUAGAUACAGCUGUAUGUCUGGCCUAGACUUAGGGGCUGCUGUCACCAGUACCUAAAGCUGAAGUCAAUACCAUGGGUACAUGUACAAAGUGUGCUUGAAAAUCACUCUUUUUUGGGUAGAAAAGCAGGAAAAGUCCUUAAGUGUUACUUCCAAUAUAGAAACAGGGUUACUGUAGGCAGAUAACUUGUCCUGGGUACUCUGGUCUAGCUUCAGAAGUAGUCCUGAUUUGAGCAAGGUUUGAACAAGAUACUUCAGACUGGAGGUAUCUCCUAGCACAACUUCUGGACUCAGGUUGCUGUGGUGGGUCCCAUGCUGGGCCAGCAAUGUGGUGAGAUGUCUGAUGUGGGGGGGUUGGUCAGUGCAGAGGAGGGUGAGAUCUGGCAGUCAUCCUUCACCUCAGAGGCUCUGCGAAGAGCAGGAUGGUGUGCUGAGCCUGUCCUGUCCAGUCUUAAAGUGCUAAAUAGGCAAAUAACUGUGAUCUGGAGGCAGAGUCUAAGACACAUCGAAGAGCCCUUUGCCUUCUUUGUCAGUCCCAGCCAGCAGGGAGUCAGCAGCAGGGGCCCUUUGGCCUCUGGGUCAGUGCCAGCUCUGUGCUGGAGGCUGGCACCCUAGACUGCCAUUUGCUCACCCUUUGCUUCCCUGUGCUGAUUUUGGUGUCUUGGCAACAAGUAAAAGUGGGUGACACAGGCACUUGGAGAGUGUGCUCUUCCAAAAAAAAUUGCCUUUCCCCCUCUGACAGCGUUGACAUCUAUGUCAUGAGGAGGUUCCUGCAUAUGGUUGAACCCCAAAGCUUGGGGCCUCCCCGCCUGGCAUUAAAACUUUCCCAUCAUGUUUCAUUGAUGAGGUGCCAAGGAGUGUUUGGUUGAGCUGACAGUACUCCCUGGAUUUAGUUCAGCUUUCUGUGCUUUUGCUUUGUCCUGUUCUGACUAGACACUUAGAGGCAGGUGAUGUCCUAUCACCUUGCUGCUGGCUGUCAUAAGUUGGGCUGGGAGGCUGCAAUUGGCCUGCAGGGCCACCUUGGCUAUAGGGUAAGGGGCAGCACGGGCCACUUGCAGUCUUCUUGAUAAAUCCACCCUUGAGGACAGGAGGGGCUGAGGGAGUUCUGCAGAGCCGUGGAGGUUUGUGCUGCUAUUCCAGUUCUACCUGCUGGGACAGCCUAACCAGUACAGGUCACCCCAGAACCUCCCUAUGGAGAAUGUUUUUUAUUGCAUUCCACUUACAUGCAUGCAGAGGAUGUGGAGGGAAACAGUUUAAGUUCCAAUAAGAUUGACCCUAAGGUUACAGCAUGAGUCUGGGUGAACUUAUGUGACAGCUCCAUAGUUGCUUCGGGACUGUGGUUGUUUUCCAUUUUUUUGCUUUUCUUUCUACUCCCCCCAUUCCCCCUUCAAGAAAGGGGGAUCACAUGCAUUCACCUCACUGGGCAGAGAGUAGCCAAACAGAAUUCAAGGCUGUGGAGAUCUGUGCAGUCCUUAGAACUAGAAAUGAAGUAUGAAGAACUGCUUCUGUGGAGAGGUGCUUUGUGGCCACAACAUGUGUGUGUGAAUUCCAUAUGCCCACUCUAAGAAGAUAAACUCCACAGUCCCACCUCUGAAAACAGGCCACUGGGGUCUGACCAGGACUUGGAUUUGAAGUCAGAUAUGGUGCUGUGGCAAGCAACUGCAGUAUGUGGUUCUGAUCUUCAACAUAGCCUUGAGACAUAUGACUCAGAUCCAAAAGAGGAAGGAGACAAAAGUGCCAUGUUCCCAGUAAUGGCAUAAAACAAAGCUCUGAGAUAACUGCAUCUGAAUGUGCCCUCUGUUGGCUUUGAUUUGGUAAUCUGUUAACUGGGGGAAAUAAAUAAAUUAAACAUAUUUUUGCUCUUCUGAAGAAAAUCCUCUGUUAAUGCUACAUGUAAAGAGGCAGGUUGGGGUUUCUUGUCUCUUUGAAAAUUCUCUGGAUCAUGUUCUUCCUUCUCUUAUUUCUUCUCUUACACCUGAGGGAUUUUGGUAACCUAUCAUCACACUAGAGUGAGCACAUGACUUUCCCUUUCCCAAUUCGCACUAAGUUUGAGCUCCCUCAGCUCAGGUAACUUUGGGACCUUUUAUAAUCUCUUCUGCUUGAAACCCUCAGCACUUACUAAAACUUGGCAGGAAUGUGGCCAGGGCAGAAAUGCACAAGCUGUUUUGGGGAGGAACAUUUCUUUUUAUCACUCCUACUUUUCUUUGGUUCCCCAGUGUUGUGCAUGGUACUGUAACCAUAGCGUUGCCUUUCUGCCGACUCAGGCCUGCCUGUGGUGAGGUGCCGCCACCUGCCAGAAACUUGUGUGGCUCUACAGUGCUACCUUCUGUUUAAUCCAUCCCACUCAUGGCUCUCACUCCCCUUUCCCACUGUCCAUUAACUACUUCCCUGUUUCCUCUUCACUCCUGGAUGCUCAAAUGUCUUUUUCCUGUGCUUUCACAGCUCCAUAGAAGCCAUUUUUUUCCUUGGUCUCUUAGCAACCUGUAUGGAGCCUGUAUGUUCACCUUUUAUCAUUGGAGGGGUUGAGUGCCUUCCAGAAGAGGUCUCUUCUCCCUGCAGCUCUCGCCAGUGUCAGCCUUGGCUGAGAAGGGCAUAGGGUGCCUUUCUCUUAGACCCCAGGAGGCUGCUGUGCUCCCACACUGUCCCCUGGAGCAGUAUGAACUGCAGCAUCCUACCCCUCCCCUCCCUUCUCUAACCAGUUCUAUGCAGCAAGGUACACAAUGGGAUCACCUAUUGCUAUGCUCUCUCUGACCAGCCAAAUCCCUUGGGAGCUCUCAAGGAACUCUGGCUGCCUGAAUCCCUUUCAAUUUGUUAUCUGACAUCCCUUAUUACUGCUCAGUGUCAGGCCUUGGGUCCCCAUUCUCCGUGUUCCAGUGCCUUUUUAUGCUCUUCCCUUGGCUGCUCUGCUCCAUAGCCUUAAUCCCUGAAAAGGAGCAAGGUGAUGUGGAGAGGGAGGACCAAGAAGGUGGCAUAUAUUCACUUCUGAUGCUCUUCUCACCCAGGUGCAGGGAUAUAAAGCCUGGAUUUGGUUUAGGCUUUUUAUCUAAGUGACUUGGAAGUCUGUGCUAGAUAAAAGUGCCAUAAGAGCAGAUGAUGCCAGAAUUGUAGGCAGACCCACAACAGGCAGGAUUUCCCUAAAAGAGUUGUAUUGACUCUCUCCAAAGUCCAUCAUACUUACACACAUGUCCAUCCAUUAAUUCUUUUGGUUUAUUAGCCUGACUAUUAGAGAUGUCAAACCUUUAACUUCCUAAAUCUCUCUGAGACUUCUCCCCUUCUCCUUCUUUGAUAUGUUCCCUGCCAGUCUGAGAUUUGCUGAUUAAAAGAUAGUUUAAGGCAAAAGAUGACCCACUGAUUAGCAACUGUUUCACCUUUAAAUUUCCUGAGACUCUCUGGGAUCAUCUUGCCCAGGCCUGCUAAUUCCAUACAGUUUGCACAAUCAGUUUGCACAAUCAGUUUUGACAGAUCCUUUGGUUUAGUCCUCUACAAACCAGGGUUCUUGUGUGUAAAUUUCACCAAUUUAUUCCAUUGUGACAAAUAAUUGAUUUAGCUUUGUUUUGAUGUGCCUGUUCUCUCUGACUGCUUAUUUUAUACCCCUCUCUUCAGCUGCCCUCAAGGCAGUAUAUCAAAUGUAAAGGGUUCAAGGAAGUUCUGACACCUUUGCUUUGUUAUGGUUUUGCACUUACUGGAGGUCACACUCAUUUCAAUUUUCCUCAUUUGGCUGCAAGGUCAGCUUGUUGAAAAAUGCAUAUUGAUAAUCCCUUUGGGAAAUUAUUUUAGUUAUGUCAGCUUCAUUUUGCCUUUUGUCAAAUCUUCUAAAGAGGGUCUUGGUAUUUGGGUGGCCCUGUGUAACCUCCAUGUCACUUGUGAUGACUCACAGCCUUCAGCUCAAUUCUCUCAGCUGUCCCUCUGUGUUCAAACUGGCUUGUAAGAAGUGUGUCACUUCUCUGCAGCUUCCACCACAGCUGUGGCCAAUUUAAAAAUGGGAUUUCUUUUGGAAAUAUGGGGUUACAGUUUUAGGAUUCCAGUCCUGCUCUUUGCCUAUAAAUUUAACUCCUCAGGUUCAGCUGGAUUUUGAAAAGAAGUGUAAGGUGUGUGCAAUGGCACAGUUUCCUCUGCUCACAUGGACCUGCUUGCUAAAUUGGAUAAUGCUGGCUGUGGGGUGAAAGGCUUGCAGAAAGCACCUUAUUGAGAGAAAGAGCAUUAGUGCCUCUACUGCCUUCUCUUUGGGUCAGGGACAAAGGGUGGCCAUGGAGCUUGCAGAGCAACCAGGAGCUGGAGAACGAGUAAGGAGGGAAAGCAGAACUGUGAGAGUCCCAGAAAGGAGCUGGGGCUCGUGAGGCACAUGGGGGCUGAGAGCAUGGCUGAGGCACUUGGCAGUGUGGGGUAGGGCUGAGCUGAAAGACAUCUGUGGGGAAGCACAGGUAUUGUGGGAGGACAAGGGAGUGAGCAGAACACAGGAAGAGGGGAAAUGGCUUUUCUGAGGAAGAGCAGUGAGAAUGCAAGGAAGCAAAGCAUGAGUUUGGGGGGUUUUUUAAGCAAGAUUUUUUUUUAAAUUUUUUUUUCAGCACCACAACUAACUGCAGGGUCCAGUUGUUUCUAUCUCCCACUCAUUUACAUGCCAUCAGUGUAUAUGAAAUUCAAAGGACAAAUUUUUCAGGAAUAUCAUGUGAUUGUUGUUACACCUUGGCUCAGCACUGCAUCCUGUGGAAGUAUGAUUCAGGAUUGAAUUUUGAUAACAAGCAACAGCUCUGAUGGCUGACAAGAACUGAGCUGUCUCUGAUGUUUUAGUGCAGUCUAAUGUAAUCUAAUAAAAGGAGCAGCUAGAGCCUGAAUUUGCAUUUGAAAUGCUUCGGCUGUGUUUGGAGAUGUGUUUCAGUGGAAAAAUCUCAUGAAAUUGCUCUGUAACUUCCUUCUCUGUCUGCUGGUUGUGUUUCCUGUUUCUUCACAAUGGAAAUCUUGAAACCCUGCAAGGAAGUAAGCCUUUUUCCCAUAAGGCUGAGUCUGCUGAGGCUUUGUUGGGUGGGGACAGGGGGAAGCAUGCAGAGGAUUGCUCUGAAAUCUCAACAAGAACUUUGAGGCUUAACUAGAUUUCAGCAGAGACUUAGGGAGACUUAAUUCCAGUGAGAGGACCAACACUGAAGACAAAGGAUAGUGCUGGAAGGAUGUUGGAAAGAGAAGCAGGCAGCAUGCUUGCUUGAGGGACCAGGUUUCUCUCCUGUAGCUGUUCUUAUUUUUGUGUGAAAGUCACCCUCUUUGCACACAAUACCUAAAGGAGAAGUAAAGUUAGCUCAGGACACACAAGACACAAAGAGGAUCCUUGCUAAAGACAUCCAGUUAUUGCCUCACUCUGCUAAGGGGCAGAUCUCCAUAAACUGUGUUCAGAUUCCCUUUACCUUCUGCCACAUUGUUCUUCUCUGUUGUCUGGUGCAUGUUCUUCCUUCUACUGCCCUAUCUCAGCUCCAACUCGGCUCUGGUUACCCUCUGUGCUCUCUGGAUGUCCUGUGAGCAUCUCAUUCUGCUCUGCCUUAAGGGAAUUCCAGCUACUAAACUAACCAGCUUCUUCCUUCUGGUUGUUUUGGAGACCUUGUUACCUUUUUCAGGCUUUUAUAGGGUGCUUAUAAGAAAGUGGCAGAGAAACCUUUUAAUGGAACUGGUAGUGGUGGGAUAAGGGGUCAUAGGUUUAAACUGAAAAAGCCAGAUCUAGAUUAGAUAUAAGGAAGAAAUUCUUUACAAUGAGGGUGCUGAGAUGCUGAAACAGAUUGCCAGGAGAAGCUGCAGAUUCCCCAUAAUUGAAAAUGUUUAGGGCCAAGUUGGAAGGGGCUUUGAGCAGCCUGAUGUAGUGAAAGAUGUCCUUGUCCAUGGCAGAUGGGCUGCAGAAGAGUCUUUGAAGGUCCCUUACAACACAGACCUUAGUCCUGUCUGCUGACUGAACCCUCCUCACCCUGCCUGACUUAUUGGCAUCUGUUCCCAGAAGUCUUUCUGAUUUAGAAUGUAUCUCAGCAGCUGUUUCCCUUGUCUCUUCAAGAUCUGCUCCAGCUUCAAAUCAGACUAAGCACUGACGCUUUGCUCAAGAUACUAUCAGAGGUUUUUACCAGAAAGCAGAUAAGGGAGAUAGAUGACAGUGUUGGAAAAGUGGCAGAAAAUUGUAAACCAUCCAUUUUCAGGUUCCUUUUCUGAAAUGGAGCCUGAAGCAAGCAGUGCCCUGAACUUCCACAGGCUGUGAAUCAGGUUUUAAUAGAAAAGUUUUUGUGUGUUCUCUUCCCAAUAAUCUCUCAGACCAUCAACAUACAUUUUUUAAAAUUUCACUUUGCUUGUUCUCCUUUCUGACUCCCACCUGAUCCUUCUGUUUCUUCAUGGAUAUAUCAGGCUUCUGAUUAUUUUUAUUGCUCUGUCUAAGGCUGCAACUCUGCAGUCUCACUUCUACAGGAACUUCUCCUAGUCUGAGAUUUGUUUUAGUGCUACCUUACAGCUGGGGCUGACUUUGAAGAAUGAGACAUAGCUGUGACAUUUGAUGUAGCAAAUGCAGUUUAACCACAAGGGGCAAAUAGGGCAGAAUGCAUUUUGUUUUGGACUGCAGGUUAAACUGGGCUAGGACCUGUGAUAGCUGCAAAUGUGAGGGCAAUAGUAGAAUUACUAACAGACAAAGAAACACAUGAAAAUAUGGGAAGAUAGUUAAGAAUGUUAAAAAGAGGAAAAAAACCUAUAAAUGUCUUGAAAAGGAAGCCAAUCAGCUGAGAAUCUGAUAUGGGGAAGGAGUGCAACUUCCUUUUCAGUUGUUAGGUUCUCAUUUUUCUUUUAUGUCUCAAAAUCUUCCAUGGUGCCAGGACUGAUUUCCUGGGCUAAGACACUGAAAAUCUCUUUGGAGCAUUUCUGAGCUCCCAGGAAUUCUUGGGUUAUCACCAGUGCUUCCAGUGUUCAGCACAGACUUCUUUGAUGGGUAGAGGGUGAAUGGGAAAGGCUCAGUAACCUAUUCCUGUCACCCUCUGGAAACAAGGAGCUAAAAGGCGUGGCAAAACUAAGGACAGGGUCACACUGUGAUUAAAUGGCAUCAGAAAUCACCUAUGCUGAGGUGAAGUUCAAAAAUGGAUCGCCGGCUCCAGUGGUCAAAGGACCUCCUGAGACAAAGAAGCCUGAGCAACGUCCCCAGAAGUACCCACUCUGGCUGCCAUGGUUGAUCUCAGUGCUGCUUCUCUUGGUGUGCAUUGCCCUUGUUGUUGCCCUCCUUGUGCUUCCCUUCUGCCACAGCAGUGAGCAGCCCUCAGCCCUGCAGCAGCACUUCUCGCAGUGGGAGUGCAAGUCAGCAGUGCCACAAGGCACAGACCGAGGCUGGACGUGCUGCCCAAAGGGCUGGAGAAGGUUUCAAGGAAGUUGCUAUUUCCUGUCCACUGAUAAGAUGAACUGUGCUGAGAGUGCACAGAACUGCACUGGGAUGGGCUCCCAGCUGGUGGUGAUCACCAGCAAGGCAGAGCAGGAAUUCCUCUCCAAGCAGAUACGACAAUCUAAUGAAUCUAAACCGUACAAUUUCUACAUCGGACUGUUUGCAGAGAAGGUGGGCCAGUGGCAGUGGGUGGACAAGACUCCAUACAAUGUGACAGCAGCGUUCUGGCGAAAAGGAGAACCAAAUUAUUUAACUGCCCCAGCAGAAGAGAGAAGCUGCACCUGGCUGAACAUCUGGGUCUUCCUUACUUUUGCCCUUGCAAUCAAAGCAGCCAUUGUGACCAUCUGUCUUGUGCUUCCCUUCUGCCACAGCAGUGAGCAGCCCUCAGCCCUGCAGCAGCACUUCUCGCAGUGGGAGUGCAAGUCAGCAGUGCCACAAGGCACAGACCGAGGCUGGACGUGCUGCCCAAAGGGCUGGAAAAGGUUCCAAGGAAGCUGCUAUUUCCUGUCCUCUGACACAAUGUCAUGGGAUGAGAGUGCACAGAACUGCACUGGGAUGGGCUCCCAGCUGGUGGUGAUCACCAGCAAGGCAGAGCAGGAAUUCCUCUCCAAGCAGAUACGACAAUCUAAUGAAUCUAAAGCGUACAAUUUCUACAUCGGACUGUUUGCAGAGAAGGGGGGACAGUGGCACUGGGUGGACAAGACUCCCUACAAUGUGACAGCAGCGUUCUGGCGAAAAGGAGAACCAAAUUAUUUAACUGGUGAGAAUUGCACUGUAAUACAUGUGCCUACAAAAACUCUCAACAACUGGAAUGACAUCUCGUCAAGUUUGGACAAUCAUCGAAUUUGUGAAGCUGCAGCAGUAAUUGUGUGAUGGAAAUUCCCCUGUCCUGAGUAAAGCUGGGAGCUCAGCAGGGAGCUGGGAACAGCUCUGGCUGUGCUGGGAAGGGUGGGGAGCUCUGACACAUCUUCACUGGGUGGGAUGGGACCAUGUGAGUGCAAGUGAAAUGAGCUUUGUCCAGCAUCCCCAGUGCAUGUGGUGGCUCAGGGAACUCAGGGAGGCUCAGGCUCUUUGGAGCAUCUCCUGUGUUCUUGUGUCCUCCUCUCUCUGAGUGGUUCCAGCAGCCUCUGGCUGAAAAGAGAUGGACUUCUCCAGGAGGAAGACCCUGGAAUGGAAGACAGAUAUCCCAAGAUUCAAUGUCCUUUGUCUCCUUGAGCAGAGCUGUUUGCUUUUUGUUGAAAAUGUCCUCUAGCUGUACUGGUUGUGCUGAUCAAAUUCUGAAAUGUUAGACAAGAGAAAAUACAGUAUCAGACCAAUGAAGAAAGG